GCAUUAAUAAGAGUAUCAUUUACAGUAGAUGAUAAAGUGGGUGGAGAUUCAUCUGAGGAUUUCCCAUUAAAGUUACUGGCUAGUCUUGAUGAGCAGUUGGGACGUCCCAAGUGGGUGGUGCCAGUACGAGCUAAUGAUGAACUGGAGACAUUAAUUAAAGCAUCAAUUAAACUGGCGAAAGAAAGACGAGAUAAAGAAUUUGAAGAAUGUCAGCGGUUCUAUAGAGAAGGAUUGACUACCUCAUUUAUAAGAAUAUUGACUGAUGAGGCUGUGAAGACUUGGAAACCGGACAUACAGCUUGAUAUUUAUAAUAAUUCAAGAUAUCUUGUGGAGUUGUGUGUAUAUAAAAUUGAAGAUGAUUCCACUUACCUUUUAGAUUUACUGGCAAUAGUUUUUAAUCCAUCAUGCAAAUUGAAUGUGUUUAAUUCAUCAGAAGAUCCUAUGUCAUGUGUUCCUAGAGAGAAGUGGGAGGAGUUACUGUAUGCCAGGCCACUCCCUGAUGCUCAUAAACACAACAUGAAGGGUCGUCUUGUUGACUUGAUAAACCGGUUUGGCCAGUUGGGUGGGUUUGAUUUUUUAAAGAAGAGAAUUUGUCAAGGAGAACUAACAGUGAAUAUACUGUCCUUUUUAUUAAGGCCUUUGGGUUUGUGUUCAAGUUUUUUAACUGAGAGAGUUAGGAAUGACUACAUCAUAGCAAUAGUGGAUAAAUCCAUUGAGUUUAUAAACAGUUGAAAUGAUGAUUUACUUAAGAAGGAGGCCACCACUGACUCAAGGAGUGAGACCUUCUCUUCAAUAAUGAAGUCUUUGUGUCACUUGUGUUCAGUGAUUCCUGGUAGAGAUGAUAUUGAAACGUUUCGUUUAAAAAUGAUUUUAAGAUUAUUACAAAUACCGAGCUUUAGUGGGAAAAUGAAUGCCCUCAAUGAAAUUAAUAAGAUUGUCUCUUCAAUGAGUUAUCAUCCUCACUUCAGGACAAUAGGAGAUGAGGAACAACUCACAACUGAAAGAAUAGCUGAGUGGAUUAAAACCAAUAAUGUGUUAGCUAUUGUCUUUCUUUAGAGAUAACCUCCACCAACCACAAUAUGUGGAGAAGUUGGAUAAGCUGGUGAGGUUUUGUAUAAAAGAGAAAGUAUUGAUGCUUGAAGACCUGGACAGAAUAUGGAACCGUCAAGAUGGUAAACAUGAGGCUAUAGUGAAGAACAUACAUGAACUGUUAGUUUAGUUAGCCUGGGACUUCUCUUCCAAUCAGUUGGACCACUUGUUUGGCUGCUUUCAAAAGAGUUGGGUAGGAGCUAGCAAGAAGCAAAGAGAUGAACUGUUGGACUUUAUAAGAUGCUUAGCAGAGGAUGAC